AUGGAGAGCUCCAAGGUCAGUACAUCAGUAACAGACUGUAAAGCCUGUUGGAUGUAAUCUAUUCACUGUACUGCUGCGUAAUCUCAAUAAACCAGGGUUGUGGGUCCAUUUCCCACAGGGGGCCAGUAUGAAAAUGUAUGCACUCACUAACUGUAAGUCGCUCUGGAUAAGAGCGUCUGCUAAAUGACUAAAAUGUAAAAUGUAAAUAUAAACAAUUAUUCACAACAAAAGCAGGAAAUGUAAAUAAAGAUACAUGUAUAUAUAUUAUAUUUUUUUUAUUUAACCUUUAUUUAACCAGGUAAGCCAGUUGAGAACAACUUCUCAUUUACAACUGCGACCUGGCAUAUGUUUAAUGGCAUAAUACUAAUCUGAAACAUGUUAUAAAUGAUCAAAGUUUGAUAAAAGCCAGAUAAGGCCUGAGCUUUACUGUAAUCGUAGUGUUUCACAGGACAGUAAUCUAAAGCUGAGUCCAUUUUCAGAGCUACUAGCCUUUAGCCCACUGCAACUACUGUAGCAAGCUGUUAUUACAAUACCAUUAGCUAGCCCUCUCCCUCUCUCUUUCUCUCUCUUUCUCUCUUGCUGUCUCUGUCUCCCACACUCCGCCCUCACUCUAUCUCUAUUUGUUCUUUCUCAGUCUCUACCCCCUCUCCUCCUCUCUCUCUCUCUCCCUCUCUCUGUUUCAAGGACAGUGAAGUCCUUGGCCCUGUUUUGCAAGGCUGACCAGUAAAUUGUGUGUUUGGCUGAGAAGCAGUAACAGUGGUGUGUACAGCCAGCCAGACCUGUAGAGGCUGUAUGGGACUCAGUCAGAUGGUUAUUAUGGAGCAUUUAGACUGUUGAGUGAUCUUGACCGAACCUGUCUAUACUCAUUAGACCAAUGACCUAAUGUCCUGGCAGUGGUACUGAUAGAGUCCUGCUGUCAAAUAUACAGUAUUUCGGGAGAAGGACAGUAGAGGAGGUCAAGGGUAGAGGAAUAGAGAAAUCUGAGGUAGAACAGUAGAGUUUAGUGUAGAAAAUAAACUGUCACAACCUCUCUGUUACAGGAUUCACUUACAGUACAUCAUUCACUUACCGCACGUAUCUCUUCUACUCUCUCUGCCCUCCUUCUCUCACUCUCUAUCGCUCUCUCUCUCCCUCCUUCUCGCUCUUUCACUCUUGCAGCUCUCUUGCUCUCUCACACGUUCGUUCCUGUGCUCUUUCUCUUACCCGCCUCCACUCCCCCCCCCAUCCCUCUCUCUCUCUCUCUCUCUGGCUGUGCUGGCUCCCUCAGCUGUUCUCAGUUGCUCUGUGUGCAGUGUGCAGUGUGGACAGGGCUAGGCUGAGCUGGGCUAUAUUGAGGACAUAUAGUGGAUCUGUGUAGUAAAUAUUAUGUGAAGGAGUGUCUCAGGGAAGACUCUGUUUCUCAAACUAACUGGAUUAGGAGCUGGAACAUACUGGACCUGUUUUUCUUUACUAACUAAAGACAGAGUUUUAAGUGAGGACAUGCUGGAAGAGAGACAAUAGAGAAACAAAUAGAGAGUCAACACUGGAGAAUUGCUGGAGCAGAGACCACGUAAAGACUGAUUUCUAGCUCAGCUCCCCUCACUCUCCAUGGAAUCAGUAUGGUGGGACUCCCCCUGCCUCUGACCUCCCACACUGGGGUGAUGUGAGUCUGCUGUGUGGGUCCUGUUUAGCUCGGUUCAGUUCCACUUAGUUCGGUUUGGCUCGGUUCCGUUUGGCUUGCUUAGACAGGCUGUCUAUAACACUGACCCAUACCCCUGCUCCAUUUGCAGGUUCUGUGUCUCUGGAACCCCUGACCCUUAACCCCUGAACCUAGGACAGGUUCUGGUCCAGUUUUGCGAAAUUACUGGACUGAACAGACUUGAUCAGUAUUUCAAGUCUUGAUGAUUUUUAUUUUCUGGAAACUCUACCCCUGAUCUGGGACUGAUCCUGGUUCUGCUGAGAUCUAUUCUGUGUUCCGGAGGACUGGUUCUUCAGGGACCUGUCUGGCCUCUCUCUCCCCAGGAUCAUGGCCUCUUUCUGGGGCAUGGUGGUGUUGCUGUGUGGGGUGGUGGUUCUCUCUGAAGCACAGAAGACGAAGAGCAACGUACCCCGGCUAAAACUCUCUUAUAAAGGUGAGUCUUCUUCAUUUACCUUGACACUUACUGUACCAUGCUGCUUCCCUGUUUCUACUCUAAAGCUAUCCUAAAAUAAUAAUAAUCUAUGCUUACUCUGUUCUUACCAGCUGCUCUCUAUUCAUACUUGUCUGUAUGCAUAUCUAGCAGGGAUAGAGGUUUCUGCUGGUGCCUGUAUCUGUUUGUAUUGAGAAAGAGCAGAAGCAAAGUGUAUAUAUUUUUGUUUCUAUUUUAGUGUAUAUGUGGACGAAGGACUGAUCCACUUAACUACUAAUGACUGACUGUGAUAUGGCAUUUCUGCUAAAGUGUGUGUCAAGAUAAAGUGCAACCCAUAUUUCCAUGAUGUUGCUUGGUUGCUUAUAAAAGGUUUUAUGUAUUUGGCUUUAUACAGCACAUUUUCAGCGUACAUUUUUUUUUUUACUGAGAAUGGAAGAUAUGUGUCUGGUAUAUGCAUGGGAUUGAAAAGGAAAUCACAUUGAUAGCCUAUGUAUUCUGCAUCUGAGAUAUGUUUUAUGUGCAUAGGUACACACUCUUUUCCUCAGAAUUCCAUGUGCCAUAUGUCUGACCAAAGGAUCUGUUACAAAAUAUAUUUACUAGAUAUGUAUCAGAGUGGAUAUGUAAGAAUCUGUUAGAUCACACUGGAUCGAAUCUGUUAGAUAUUUACUGAAUAUACAGUCUCUAUGAUUAGAGUGUCUCUAAAGGCUUAUUUUUUAAUUUUUUUAUUUAACCUUUAUUUUAUCAGGGAGUCAUACUGAGACCAAGGUCUCUUUUACAGAUGAGACCUGAAUUACAUAAAUGACAGAAAAUACAAAAUGCAAGCAGAAAGAAAAACACAGUCAUAAAAAACAAACACAUUCAUCAGUAAUACGGUCCUCAAUCAGCUUUCUGAAUUGCCCUAGAGGCACCAGAACAUCACAUUUAGAAACAUUUUGAAGAUUGUCCUACGAAUAAGGUGCAGGAAAACUAAAAGCUGAUUUACCUAACUCAGUAGAGACCAAAGGAAUUUCCAAAGUUAGCCAUCCCUGAGACCAGGUGUGGUAACUCAUAUGUCUUAAGUUUAGUAAUGAUGUUAGGUAGAGUGGGAAUUUUUGUAAAAGGGCUUUAUAAAUGAAAACAUAGCAAUCUACGUGACAUCAAACGGGGCCAACCAACUUUCUGGUAGAGAAUGCAGUGAUGAGUACUACAAUUGUUGCCUGUCAUAAAGCACAGUGUGCUAUGAUAAACUGCAUCUAACGGCUUUAAUGAAGUGGCAGCUGUGUUCGUAUCCAGUUGAAGUCGGAAGUUUACAUACACUUAGGUUGAACUCGUUUUUCAACCACUCCACAAAUUUCUUGUUAACAAACUAUAGUUUUGGCAAGUCGGUUAGGACACUUUGUGUAUGACACAAGUAAUUUUUCCAACAAUUUACAGACAGAUUAUUUCACUUAUAAUUCACUGUAUCACAAUUCCAGUGGGUCAGAAGUUUAUAUACACUAAGUUGACUGUGCCUUUAAACAGCUUGGAAAAUUCCAGAAAAUGAUGUCAUGGCUUUAGAAGAUUCUGAUAGGCUAAUUGACAUCAUUUGAGUCAAUUGGAGGUGUACCUCUGGAUGUAUUUCAAGGCCUACCUUCAAACUCAGUGCCUCUUUGCUUGACAUCAUGGGAAAAUCAAAAGAAAUCAGCCAAGAGUUUUUGAAUUUGGAGACCUCCACAAGUCUGGUUCAUCCUUGGGAGCAAUUUCCAAAUGCCUGAAGGUACUACGUUCAUCUGUACAAACAAUAGUACGCAAGUGUAAACAUCAUGGGACCACGCAGCCGUCAUACCGCUCAGGAAGGAGACACGUUCUGUCUCCUAGAGAUGAACGUACUUUGGUGCAAAAAGUGCAAAUCAAUCCCAGAACAACAGCAAAGGACCUUGUGAAGAUGCUGGAGGAAACAGGACACAAGUAUUUAUAUCCACAGUAGAACGAGUCCUAUAUCGACAUAACCUGAAAGGCCGCUCAGCAAGGAAGAAGCCACUGCUCCAAAACCGCCAUAAAAUAGCCAGACAACGGUUUGCAACUGCACAUGGGGGCAAAGAUCGUACUUCUUGGAGAAAUGUCCUCUGGUCUGAUGAAACAAAAAUAGAACUGUUUGGCCAUAAUGACCAUCAUUAUGUUUGGAGGAAAAAGGGGGCUGGCUUGCAAGCCGAAGAACACCAUCCCAACCGUGAAGCACGGGGUGGCAGCAUCAUGCUGUGGGGGUUAUUUGCUGCAGGAGGGACUGGUGCACUUCACAAAAUAGAUGGCAUCAUGAGGAAGGAAAGUUAUGUGGAUAUAUUGAAGCAACAUCUCAAGACAUCAGUCAAGAAGUUAAAGCUUGGUCGCAAAUGGGUCUUUCAAAUGGACAAUGACCCCAAGCAUACUUCCAAAGUUGUGACAAACUGGUUUAAGGACAACAAAGUCAAGGUACUGGAGUGGCCAUCACAAAGCCCUGACCUCAAUCCCAUAGAACAUUUGUGGGCAGAACUGAAAAAGCGUGUGCGAGCAAGGAGGCCUCUUUAUUAAAUAAAGCAACCACGAAAACAACAAAACCAAAUGACGAUACGUGAAGUCCAAAAGUGACAAUGACUGAACAGGAACAAAAACCCACAAACACAAGGUGAAAACAGACAGUAUAAAUAUGGCUCCCAAUCAGAGACAACGAGCCAACAGCUGACACUCGUUACCUCUGAUUGGGAGUCACUCAACCAAACAAAGAAAUACAACACAUAGAACCACCCAACCAAACAAAACACCACGAAACGAACACACCCUGGCUCAACACACAAAGUCCCGGAGCCAGAGCGUAACAGUACCCCCCCCUAAAGGCGCGGACUGCGACCGCGCCUCAAUAAGGCUAAACAAGGGAGGGCUGGGUGGGCAUACCUCCUCGGCGGUGGUUCUGGCUCCGGCCCUGAUCCCCACCUCCUCUUCAACCCCCCAAAGUACCCCUGGUCCUGUCUAGCCCCGCUGGUCGGAGCCGGACUGACGACACGCGCCCCUGGCUUGGUGCGUGUAGGAGGAACGAGCUGGACCAGGCUGACGACUCGCAUCCCUGGUUUGGUGCGAGUAGCAGGAACGGGCUGGACCAGGCUGACGACGCGCACCACUGACCUGGUGCGGGGAGCAGGACUGAGCCGGACCGGGCUGACGACGCGCACCACUGACCUGGUGCGGGGAGCUUGGAUGGGCCGGACUGGGCUGGCGACGCGCACCACAGACUUGGUGUGGAGAGCAGAAACGGGCCGGACAGGGCUGGCGACGCGCACCACAGACUUGGCGCGGAGAGCAGGAAUGGGCCGGACCGGGCUGGCGAUGCGUACCCCCGACCUGGUGCGGGGAGUAGGAACGGGCAGAGCCGGGCUGACGAGACGCACCACAGACUUGAUGCGGGGAGCAGGAAUGGGCCGGACUGGGCUGGCGAUGCGCACCGCAGGUUCGAUGCGGGGAGCAGGAAUAGACCGGACCGUACUGGGGACACACACCACUGGUUCUACACCGGGCUCUGGAACGGGCCGGACCGGACUGGCAACACACGCCAGUACCUCUCGCCGUGCCUCCACACCUUCCAUCCCCUCUUCUACCAGUGGCCCCCGUAACCCGGCGGCCUUCUCCGGCAACCCACUGGACCGCUCUAUCGCGGCCUCCUGCUGGUCCGCCGUCGUGAGCCCCCCCCUAAAAAAUUUUGGGGCGUCUCUCCUACCCGUGGACCACUUCUCCAUAUCCCUCGCCAGUUUCUCGCCCUUCUGCCAUAACGUCAAGCCCUUGUCUUCCUCCCUCGGCUUGACCCAGUCCAGGAGGCGAAGGAGAUCUGUGAGGGAUCUCCCUGGCGAUGGCUCCUGGACACGCUGCUUGGUCCCAUCUUGGUGGGUUUUUCCGUCACGAUCGUCUAAGGAAGCGGACCAAAGCGCAGCGUUUGUAGCGAACAUGUUGACUUUAUUAAAUAAAGCAACCACGAAAACAACAAAACCAAAUGACGAUACGUGAAGUCCAAAAGUGACAAUGACUGAACAGGAACCUGACUCAGUUACAUCAGCUCUGUCAGGAGGAAUUGGCCAAAAUUCACCCAACUUAUUGUGGGAAGCUUGUGGAAGGCUACCCGAAACGUUUGACCCAAGUUAAGCAAUAUGAAGGCAAUGCUACCAAAUACUAAUUGAGUGUAUGUAAACUUCUGACCCACUGGGAAUGUGAUGAAAGAAAUAAAAGCUGAAAUAAAUCAUUCUCUCUACUAUUAUUCUAACAUUUCACAUUCUUACAAUGAAGUGGUAAUCCUAACUGACCCAAAACAGGGAAUUUUUACUAGGAUUAUAUGUCAGGAAUUGUGAAAAACUGAGUUUAAAUGUAUUUGGCUAAGGUGUAUGUAAACUUCCGACUUCAACUGUAGAUUAUGUCGCCAUAGACUAGGAUCACUAGGAACGUCAACUGAAUAAUCUGCUUUCUACUAUUUAGCGAGAGGCAGGAUCUAUUUCUAUAGAAGAAGCCCAUUGUUAUUCUCAGCUUCUUAACUAACUCAUCAAUAUGCUUUUUAAAACACAGCUUUUCAUCUAUCCAGAUGCCCAGAUUUUUGUAAGGAAGGGCACGAUCAACAUGGACACCAUCCAAAGUACAUAUGCUUAAAUCAUCAGACUUAUUUUUAUGCUCUCUAGAGAACAACAUAUACUUAGUUUUACAUUCAGUACUAAUUUCAGGUCAGUAAAGUUUUUCUGUAUUACAAUGAAGGCAGACUGUAAUUCAGACAUGCCAUGAUCAACAGUGGGGGCAAUAGCAUACACAACAGUAUCAUUGUUAUACAAGUGCAAGUUACAAUUUUUUACAGACAAGUCGAUAUUGUUAAUGUAAACAGUUAAAAGUACAGUACCCAGAACCGACCCCUGCAGGACAUCUUUAGUAAUAUCCAUCAGUAGAUAUACAUUGAGUUCUAUCUGUCAUGUAAUUUUUAAAUCAGUUACUUGCAGCCUGGUGUAGGCCAAUUGAAGAAAGCCUCUGAAUUAGCAGUGAGUGAGCAACAGUAUCAAAAGCCUUUGACAGGUCAAUGAAGAGGGCAGCACAAUGUUGCCUUUUAUCCAUACAGUUAACCACGUCAUUUAUAACUAGGGAUGCAGCAGAUACAGUGGGGGAAAAAAGUAUUUAGUCAGCCACCAAUUGUGCAAGUUCUCCCACUUAAAAAGAUGAGAGAGGCCUGUAAUUUUCAUCAUAGGUACACGUCAACUAUGACAGACAAAUUUAGAAAAAAAAUUGCAGAAAAUCACAUUGUAGGAUUUUUAAUGAAUUUAUUUGCAAAUUAUGGUGGAAAAUAAGUAUUUGGUCACCUACAAACAAGCAAGAUUUCUGGCUCUCACAGACCUGUAACUUCUUCUUUAAGAGGCUCCUCUGUCCUCCACUCGUUACCUGUAUUAAUGGCACCUGUUUGAAUUUGUUAUCAGUAUAAAAGACACCUGUCCACAACCUCAAACAGUCACACUCCAAACUCCACUAUGGCCAAGACCAAAGAGCUGUCAAAGGACACCAGAAACAAAAUGGUAGACCUGCACCAGGCUGGGAAGACUGAAUCUGCAAUAGGUAAGCAGCUUGGUUUGAAGAAAUCAACUGUGGGAGCAAUUAUUAGGAAAUGGAAGACAUACAAGACCACUGAUAAUCUCCCUCGAUCUGGGGCUCCACGCAAGAUCUCACCCCGUGGGGUCAAAAUGAUCACAAGAACGGUGAGAAAAAAUCCCAGAACCACACGGUUGGACCUAGUGAAUGACCAUAGAGAGCUGGGACCAAAGUAACAAAGCCUACCAUCAGUAACACACUACGCCGCCAGGGACUCAAAUCCUGCAGUGCCAGACGUGUCCCCCUGCUUAAGCCAGUACAUGUCCAGGCCCGUCUGAAGUUAGCUAGAGUGCAUUUGGAUGAUCCAGAAGAGGAUUGGGAGAAUGUCAUAUGGUCAGAUGAAACCAAAAUAUAACUUUUUGGUAAAAACUCAACUCGUCGUGUUUGGAGGACAAAGAAUGCUGAGUUGCAUCCAAAGAACACCAUACCUACUGUGAAGCAUGGGGGUGGAAACAUCAUGCUUUGGGGCUGUUUUUCUGCAAAGGAACCAGGACGACUGAUCCGUGUAAAGGAAAGAAUGAAUGGGGCCAUGUAUUGUGAGAUUUUGAGUGAAAACCUCCUUCCAUCAGCAAGGGCAUUGAAGAGGAAACGUGGCUGGGUCUUUCAGCAUGACAAUGAUCCCAAAUACACCGCCCGGGCAAUGAAGGAGUGGCUUCGUAAGAAAGAUUUCAAGGUCCUGGAGUGGCCUAGCUAGUCUCCAGAUCUCAACCCCAUAGAAAAUCUUUGGAGGGAAUUGAAAGUCUGUGUUGCCCAGCGACAGCCCCAAAACAUCACUGCUCUAGAGGAGAUCUGCAUGGAAGGAAUGGGCCAAAAUACCAGCAACAGUGUGUGAAAACCUUGUGAAGACUUACAGAAAUCGUUUCAAAGAUAAGAAAGAUCUUAGCUGAGAAUUAAUCAAAGAUUCUAAUAUUUUUGCUAGGCAAGAUAGUUUAGAAAUAGGCCGAUAAUUAUUUAGGUCACAAGGGUCACCACCUUUGGGAAAUGGGAGUACAUGGGCCGCCUUCCAAACCUUGGGGAUAGUACCAGAUAUAAUCGUCAGGAUAAAAAUAUGGGUUAAUGAUUCAGCAAUCAGGGGAGCAGAGAGUUGCAACAAAAAUGGAUCAAGCACAUCAGCCCCAGUGGAUGUUUUACUUCAAUCUUAAGCAAGGGAUCUAGCACAUCACAGAUAGUAAAUUGUUAAAAUGAAAACAAAGAUUCACUAGAAGUUGACGGGUUAACCAUUGAGUCAGCUAUAGGCUGGCAGAGAGAAGAGAAGAGCUGAGCAGGGUCAACUACACCACCGUUUCUCUCAAAUAAAAAGCACUUCACCAAUUUGGACUAUUUUGUGUAUGUCCAUUACAUGAAAUCCAAAUAAAAAUCAAUUUAAAUGACAGGUUGUAAUGGAACAAAAUAGGAAAAAUGCCAAGGGGGACGAAUACUUUUGCAAGGCACUGUAACUCAGAUGAAAACCAAGGAUUCAAUUUGUCUUUGACUCUCAAAUUCUCUUUGACUCAGCAAUGUGUGUGAGUGUACAGUACUCUCUGCUGUCUACUGUUGUCAGUUUGUUAAUGAAGAGACAUGCCAGAGUGACUCGCCAGUGCUUAAGUGAAGUAUCGUUCAUCUGUCUAUCCCUCUCUCCCUCUCGUAUUCCUGGUUGCCGUUUUUUCUGCUCUGUCGUUCCCUGCAUGGUAAUUAUGUUGAGGAUGAAUGGUGUGAGUCUGUCUCAACAGAUGGCUCUCUUAAACAGAGACAUUUCUUUCUCAGCACCACCACAAUCAUAAUUAUACACGCGCAUGAGCACAUACUCACACAGACACACACAUACACACACGCAUGCAGUCUCUAUCUCUCACACACACACACGCACACUCACACACACGUUGGCCAUCAGUAGAUAAUGAUACCUGUGUGUGUGUGUAUCAGUCAUCUCUAAAUCACGCCCUCUGUGAUUUCUCUACUAGACCACAGCACUACACAUACACAACACAGCUGAACUACAUGGAUGGAACAACACACAUACAGCAGACCUGCACAGAACACAGGGUAGAGAGACAGUCUCUGAUAUGGACCCGUUCAUACUGAGUUUUCAAUGAUGAAUAUAGGCUUACAUACAGCUGUGGAUAAAAGCUAAAUUAAUGUUUGGCAUUGCUAAACAUUUGUGGAGUGAGAUGUGAGGUGUGUGUGUCUGUAUGUGUGUGUGGCUUCUGAGUGUGGGGUUGGUUGUUGCCAAGGUCUGUUCUCUGUGACAGACAGGUCCGGCAGGUGUAGGAACCCUGAUCCCUACAGGUGGCACUCAGCACACACACACACACACUCACACACGCACACUCACACUUACACUCACACUCACACACACGCACACGCACACGCACACACACACACACACAAACAAACACACACACACAUUAGCACAGCAGGGCAGAGACAUGGGGGGGAAUCCCCUGUUAACCCCCCAACUACCUCCCUCACAUCCUAACCCCAACUGCAGAGGGCAGUAGGACAGGGCAGUAGGACAGGGCAGUAGGGAAGGGGACGGGGAGCAUGGUGGGAUGGUAACAAUGGCCUGCUUACCUAAACAUGAACCCACCAGGUCCAACUGUAACAAGAGCAUGACUAUAGGACUACAGGACUACAGGGCAGUACAGGAACAGGAUAGACCAAGAUGUAUUGCUGGUCGUCUGAGGUGUGGUUUUAAUGGGUUUCUGUACGCUGCCAGGGACAUAGGAAUUUAAGCUUAGCUGUACAGUAUGUCAUACAUGUGUCCUAGCUAGGAAAAGUGGGGGGGAGAUAUUGUUAAGUGUCUGGGAACUAGAGGAAGAGAAAACAAAAGAGUUUGAAGGAGAAGAAAUGAGAGGGAAGGAGAGUGAAAUAAAGGGUACUUUACUUUAAUGGCUGGUGAGGGACUUCCAGGAGCUCUGUCUCUGUCAGACCUGUCCACCCCUUUGAUACCCGCAUCCAAGACCCACAUAUACUCUCAUACAGCAUACUGAAACACCAGCAGCACCAGCCAAGGUCUAACCCCACAAAAACAAAAGCCGAUGUUUAAAGCACUAAACCACUGAACAACACCAGUCAAGGUCUAACCCCACAAAAACAAAAGCCACUGAAUUGCCGAUAGAAAAAAAAAACUCUCUCUCUCCCUCAUUUUCUCUAUCCAUCUCUCUCUACUCCUGAGGUCAUGCACAUCUUAUUGUAGUAAUGUUAUCCUCUGGCUUUGACUGGGUGUGAAUAGACUUUUUAUCAGGGCAUGGAAUGAGGAAGGUUCUUUUAAAAUGUUUAAUCCAUAAGUAUUUAGAGAAUCUAGAGACCAGGGUUGGGUUUCUCUCUGUGUGUGUGAGACAGAGGGUUUUCUCCAUAGGUCAGUAUCACACAAACACUGGAGUGGGGGUGGAACUGUAUUACACGGACAUGCCUCUCUGCACAUCCCAACCAUGCAGACAAGAAUUUGUUGUGAUUGUGUGAAAUCUCCAGGUUUUUUUUUAACCUAUUCAGACGAUUAUGUAUUUAUUUGUGUAAGCUUUACCCAUCAGUAUCCCACAGAGACAGAUCAUGUUCUAUACUGUAUACAUGCUGAAAGACGUGUGUGUGUGGUGUUGUGGACAGUGACUAAUGUGAUGGUAUUGCAGCAUCUAGAACACUCCACCCCCCCCCCCCCCCCCCCCCCCCCCAGACAGCAAGACAUAACCUGAAGGGUAUACUAUGAAGGAAACUAGAUCUACUCAGGGUUUUCUGAAACCAGCCUGCUUCAGUUAGCUUCACAUUCCAGCUCAGGCUUCAUCCAUGCUACGAUGGGGGAUAUUGCUCAUCCGCCUCUAGCAGGCUUGUAACUCUAGCAGGCUUGUAACUCUAGCAGGCUUGUAACUCUAGCAGGCUUGUAACUCUAGCAGGCUUGUAACUCUAGCUUGUAACUCUAGCAGGCUUGUAACUCUAGCUUGUAACUCUAGCAGGCUUGUAACUCUAGCAGGCUUGUAACUCUAGCAGGCUUGUAACUCUAGCAGGCUUGUAACUCUAGCAGGCUUGUAACUCUAGCAGGCUUGUAACUCUAGCUUGUAACUCUAGCAGGCUUGUAACUCUAGCUUGUAACUCUAGCAGGCUUGUAACUCUAGCAGGCUUGUAACUCUAGCAGGCUUGUAACUCUAGCAGCUAGCAGGCAUGUUGCACAUGGCUAGUCGAAUGCCAAACUCUUUAAGGGCUCUGGAGUCUGUUUGUUGAAAUGAUCAGGAGAUGCUUUAUCUCUUGUCACCGACUAUAGGAACAAGGCCUUGAGAUAUAGGGCUCCAUACAAUACUGGCUCAUAUGUUUUGUUGUUUAGAUGUGUUUCUGAUGUUUUCUAUGGCAGCACUAAAUAACACUCCCAUGCCCUCCAGCCCAGAAAGAGAGAGUUAGAGAGAGAGAGAAAUAGAGUGUGAGAGAGAGAGAGAGAAAGAGAGAGUGAGAGAGCAAGAAAGAGAGAGAGAAAGAGAGAAUGUAGGGUAAAAUAGUUUAUUUAUAUCGGUCUCACAUGGGACUGUUGAUUUUUUGCAUCCAUUUUCCCCCGCCCUUUCCUCUCUCACUCACUCCACCUAAGAUCCAUUAUAAUAAAAUAAAGCUGUGUCCUAACAGAGAGAGAGAGAGAGAGAGAGAGAGAGAGAGAGAGAGAGAGAGAGAGAGAGAGAGAGAGAGAGAGAGAGAGAGAGAGAGAGAGAGAGAGAGAGAGAGAGAGAGAGAUAGAAGAAGAAGGUUGAGGAUGAAAAAGGAGGGGAAGAGAUACAGUAAGUGACUGGAGAAAGAGAGAAAAGAGAGAGAGGAAAAAAUAGAUAGUUUGGGUGAGGGGUAACAUGGAUAGCGCAUGGAAAGAAAAGGCUGCCUGUCUGUCUCUGUCCAAAUUAGCCCAUAUGCAGAUAGGGGUGAACAAUAGGGCUAGGAGUUGUUUCUGACCAGGAGGUUACAGAUCAGAGUCUCUAACAUGGCUGAUUUCAGAUAUUUAAAUAUUCAAAGCAAUAUAAAAUAUUGUGUGCAUCCACAUGAGCUUGAGCAUGUGAGUGUGUGUGAGUGUGUGUGUGUGUGUGUAUGUGUGUGUGUGUGUGUGUGUGUGUGUGUGUGUGUGUGUGUGUGUGUGUGUGUGUGUGUGUGUGUGUGUGUGUGUGUGUGUGUGUGUGUCAGAAUGUAUCCAUUUAUUUGUAUAAUCUCACAAUACUCUGGUGAAUGGAUGGUUUCCAUGGACGCUAGUCCCAAACAAACACACACACUCACCUGAGCUGUGUGUGGUGUGUGUUGACAUGGUGAUUUCCAGACUGGCUUUCUACAUGUCUGACACACCACUGUUAAUACAACAAGCAGUAUGGGCUCUAGGCAAUCAGCUGUUUCCUUUUCACAUGGUGGAUAGCAUACACAGUAGGAUUACAGUAACACACACCUGUCUCUUUGUUUGUGUGUGUGUAUGUUUGUGUGUGUGUGUGUGCGUGCGUGCGUGCGUGCGUGCGUGCGUGUGUGUGCGUGCGUGCGUGCGUGUGUGUGUUUGUGUGUGUGUGUGUGUGUGCGUGCGUGCGUGCGUGCGUGCGUGUGUGUGUGUGUGUGUGUGCGUGUGUGUGUGUAUGUUUGUGUGUGUGUGUGUGUGUGUGUGUGUGUGUGUGUGUGUGUGUGGGUGUGUGUGCAUGCAUGCGUGCGUGCGUGUGUGCGUGCGUGUGUGUGUUUGUGUGUGUUUGCGGCUGAGGGGAAUAGUGCUGGGCUGUGUGUGGGAGAGGGUGUGUGGGAGCUCUGGUGUGUUUGUGACAGAGCAGAAUUGAGGGCACUUGAGGGAAUCUGUUUCUAACUAGAAGUAGGAGGUCUCUCUCUCUCCCCCCUCUCUCUUUCUUUCUCCCUUCCUCCCUCUCUUACUCUGUCACUCUCAUCUUUCUCCUCCAUUUGCACAUUUUCCCUUGCAUUGCCUUUUUUUGUGCUGCAUGUCCAUCUCUCUUUUUUCUUAUUUACCCCACUUCCCUCCCUUUUUCCUCCCCCGUCUCCCUUCCCUUCUCCUCCCUCUUCCCUCCCUCUCAGGGCUUCUGACAUAAAAACACAGCAUUUUCCCUGCUGAAACAUUAAUGAUGUACACGGUUAUUUAUUCCAAGAAAGAAAUAAAAAAAGAAAGAAAGAAAGAAAGUAUAUAUCCAAAGAAAUAUAAUCCAUACUACAUCAUCAUGUGGCGAUCAGGACCCAGUCACUAAUGAACGUUUCAAUUUAUUACAAAGAUUAUGAAACGGGUUGUUUAGAUUCUGGAUGAUGAUUGGUUGAUAGCAGGGAGUUAUAGCACCACAAUCUCCGCAUUCAACGGGUAACGCCUGAUAACAGUUCCAUUAGAUUUAUCAAUGCGCAUCCACUGUCCCACAGCUCAGCCAAUCAAUUUAUUCACUUAAUUUGUAUUGUAUAUUAUAAUGGAUAUAAAAGACAGGUAAUGUUAGCCUAGCCUUCCUCAAUAGCUCUCAAAUCAAAUCAAAUUGUUUUUGUCACAUGCGCCGAAUACAACAGGUGUAGACCUUACCGUGAAAUGCUUACUUACAAGCCCUUAACCAACAAUGCAGUUUUAAGAAAAAUAAGAGUUAAGAAAAUAUUUAUUAAUGAACUAAAGUAAAAAUAAAAUAACAAUAACGAGGCUAUAUACAGGGGGUACCGGUACCAAGUCAAUGUGUGGGGGCACAGGUUAGUUGAGGUAAUUGAGGAAAUAUGUGCAUGUAGAUAAGGGUAAAGUAACUAUGUAUAGAUAAUAAACAUCUCCUUUGUCUUGAUCAUGUUGAGGGAGAGGUUGUUGUCCUGGCACCACACUGCCAGGUCUCUGACCUCCUUCCUAUAGGCUGUCUCAUCGUUGUCGGUGAUUAGACCUACCACCGUUGUGUCGUCAGCAAACUUAAUGAUGGUGUUGGAGUCGUGCUUGCCCACGCAGUCAUGGGUGAACAGAGAGUACAGGAGGGGACUAAGCAUGCACCCCUGAGGGACCCCCGUGUUGAGGAUCAGCGUAACAGAUGUGUUGUUGUCUACCCUUACCACCUGGGGGCGGCCCGUCAGGAAGUCCAGUAUCCAGUUGCAGAGGGAGGUGUUUAGUCCCAGGGUCCUUAGCUUAGUGAUGAGCUUUGUGGACACUUUGUUGUUUAACGCUGAGCUGUAGUCAAUGAACAGCAUUUGCAUAUAGGUUUCCUUUUGUCCAGGUGGGAUAGGGCAGUGUGGAGUGCAAUAGAGAUUGCGUCAUCUGUGGAUCUGUUGGGGCGGUAUGCAAAUUGGAGUGGGUCUAGGGUUUCUGGGAUGAUGGUGUAGAUGUGAGCCAUGACCAGCCUUUCAAAGCACUUCAUGGCUACAGACAUGAGUGCUACUGGUCGGUAGUCAUUGAGGCAGGUUACCUUUGUGUCCUUGGGCACAGGGACUAUGGUGGUCUGCUUGAAACAUGUAGGUAUUAAAGACUCGGUCAGGAAAAGGUUGAAAAUUACACUUGCCAGUUGGUCAGCGCAUGCUCGGAGUACACAUCCUGGUAAUCUGUCUGUGCCUUGUGAAUGUUGACCUGUUUAAAGAUCUUACUCAAAUCAGCUACGGAGAGCGUGAUCACACAGUCGUCCGGAACAGCUGGCGCUCUCAUGCAUGCUUUAGUGUUGCUUGCCUUGAAGCGCACAUAGAAGUCAUAUAGCUCAUCUGGUAGGCUCAUGUCACUGGGCAGCUCUUGGCUGGGCUUCCCUUUGUAGUCCGUAAUAGUUUGCAAGCGAGCGUCGGAGCCGGUGUAGUAGGAUUCAAUCUUAGUCCUGUAUUGACGCUUGCCUGUUUGAUGGUUCGUCGGAGGGCAUACCAGGAUUUCUUAUAAGCGUCUGGGUUAGAGUCCCGCUCCUUGAAAGCGGCAGCUCUACCCUUUAUCUCAGUGCGGAUGUUGCCUGUCAUCCAUGUCUUCUGGUUGGAGUACGUACGGUCACUGUGGGGACGACGUCAUCGAUGCACUUAUUGAUGAAGCCAGUGACUCAUAUGGUAUACUCCUCAAUGCCAUCGAAUGAAUCCCAGAACAUAUUCCAGUCUAUGCUAGAAAAACAGUCCUGUAGCUUAGCAUCUGCGUCAUCUGACCACUUCCGUAUUGAGCGAGUCACUGGUACUUCCUGCUUUAGUUUUUGCUUUUAAGCAAGAAUCAGGAGGAUAGAAUGAUGGUCUUAUUUUCCAAAUGGAGGGCAAGGGAGACCGUUGUACGCGUCUCUGUGUGUGGAGUAAAGGUGGUCUAGAGUUUUUUUGCCUCUGGUUGCACAUGUAACAUGCUGGUAGAAAUGAGGUAAAACGGAUUUAAGUUUCACUGCAUUAAAGUCCCCGGCCACUAGGAGCGCCACCUUUGGAUGAGCAUUUUCUUGUUUGCUUAUGGCCUUAUACAGCUCGUUGAGUGCGUCAUUAGUGCCAGCAUCGGUUUGUGGUGGUAAAUAGACAGCUACGAAAAAUAUAGAUGAAAACUCUCUUGAUAAAUAGUGUGGUCUACAGCUUAUCAUGAGAUACUCUACCUCAUGCGAGCAAAACCUAGAGACUUCCUUAAUAUUAGAUUUCGCGCACCAGCUGUUAUUGACAAAUAGACACAGGCCUCCACCCCUUGUCUUACCGGAGGCAGCUGUUCUGUCUUGCCGAUGCACUGAAAACCCAGCCAACUGUAUAUUAUCCAGCCACGACUCGGUGAAACAUAAGAUAUUAUUGUUUUUAAUGUCCCGUUGGUAGGAUAGUCUUGAACGGAGCUCAUUCAGUUUAUUCUCUAAUGAUUGAACGUUGGCCACUAGGACGGAUAGUAGAGGCGGGUUACCCACUCGCCGACAAAUUCUAACAAGGCACCCGGACAUGCGUCCCCUGUAUCGGCUUCUCUUCUUCAUGCGAAUGACGGGGAUUUGGGCCUGGUCCAGUAUCAGCAGUAAAUCUGAAAAAUUUAUGAAAAAUGUAUGCACUCACUAACUGUAAGUCGCUCUGGAUAAGAGCAUUUGCUAAAUGACUAAAAUGUAAAACGUAAAAUUAAAGAAAGAAUCUUCAUCCAGUUCGAGGUGAGUAAUCACUGUUCUGAUAUCCAAAAGCUCUUUUCGGUCAUUAGAGACAGUGGCAGAAACAUUAUAUACAGAAUAAGUUACAAACAACACGAAAAAAAUACACAAAAAAGCACAAUUGGUUAGGAGCCCAUAAAACGAUAGCCAUCUCCUCCGCUAUCUUAUUGACUCGACAAUCAGCUGUUUGUUGCUUAUUUUAUAAAUGAUUUAUUAAAUCAUUAUUUAUUGAAGUUCUUGUCUCUCGUCAUCAUUGAACCUCUGCUAGCUAGCUACAUGUCAAUGAUUUAUUUAGCAUAGCAACGUGAAAUGAAUAAAAGGAAUAGAGUGAAAGACUGGGUCAAAACCAAUUAUGCUACUAGCUCUCACAAUCUCCGGUCAGAAUUAGAUGUUUCUAAUGUUUCUCAAAAGUCAAAUUUCAAAGUUGUUCCAAAUGUCAAAUUUCAAGUUUAGGCAUUAACUCCACAUUUUUAAGGUUAGGGAUAAGUUCAGGCAUUAACUCCGAAUUGUUACGGUUAGGCAUUUACUCUGAAUGGUUAAGGUAAGGGUUAAGGUUUGGGAUAGGCUUAAAACAAAAAUAACUUUAUAUUGCUGGAUUCAAACUUGCAACCUUUGGAAUGAGAGGCAGAUGCUUAUGCCCCACCCAAGCAAAACCGAAACCUACUUGAAGGUAACAGCGCUCACUGUUGCACCCUAGUGGCCAGUUCUCACAUAAUCUCCCGACAGCCUCAGACAGGAUGGAUGUCAAAUACUGACUUGUAUCACGGGUGACCAUGCUGGUACAUAAACCCUGGAUUUCUAAUGCUAUGUAUUGGCCAAUGAGAGGUUUUGAAGACACCUGCACUUCCCAGAAGAAGCAGUCCUCCAUAGGAAUGAAUACAAUUAAAUGUUUCAAGGACAAAAUUACAUGUAUUUAAGUAUUUUUGUUGUUGUAGUGGGGACAGUAAGAGUUAUUUUGUACCUCCAGCCAAUCGCAAUCACUCUAUUGAGACAUAUUGCAGACUCGUUGAAAAAUAUGUUGAUGAUCUCCUUAAGAAAAAACAGGAGUACAUAUCUUUUCAAAAUUACCCAAGGAUGAAAAAUAAGCUUUGCUUGAUUUACAAUCCGAUAUGUCAGUUCUUACCCAUCCUGCUGAUAAGGGUGGGUUGGUUGUACUCAUGGAUAGGACAGUUUAUGUAAAUGAGUGUCACAGACAACUGCUUGACAACACCUUUUUACAAGGAACUCAGAAGUGACCCCACUUCCCAAUUUCCAGAACACUAUCUUUACUGUCCUAGAUGGGUAUUUAAGUUCUGGUCAAAUCACCAAAAAAGAACACGAUUUUUUGGCUAUUCAACAUCCUAAAAUUGCCACUUUCUAUACUUUGCCGAAAUUACACAAGAAUGUUACAAAACCUCCAGGGCGCCCUAUUGUAGCGGGCAUUGAUGCAGUAACAGCCCCUUUAUCAACCUUUGUUUACAUUUUUAUUAGACCUCUCACAGAACAGCUCCCCUCCUUUGUAAAGGACACCAGCAGUAUGAUCUCUAUUAUUGAAUCUCUUGAUAAUACCUUGCUAGUUACUUUUGAUGUUGAGUCGUUAUAUACGAAUAUUCCACACGAGGGCAGUAUUGAAGCCAUGGAACAUUUUCUUCUGAAACGUGACCCAAAUGAACUACCUUCCAGUGCAUGCAUUAUAACAUUGGCUGAAAUAGUACUCACACACAACUACUUCAUGUUUCUAAAUGAUUUCUUUAUUCAGACGAAGGGUACUGCUAUGGGAUCCCCUAUGGCUUCUAACUAUGCUAAUUUGUAUGUGGGUUACAUUGAGAAACAGUCCAUUUUCAAUCCUCUCAACCAAAAAAAUAUAUGGAAACGGUACUUUGAUGAUACUUUUUGUUCUAUGGAGGGGUGAUUUAAAACAGCUCCAGGCAUUCCAUACUUUUCUUAACUCUUGUUCUGAGCACCUGAGAUUUACUAUGCAAUCUGACACACGUCAAAUCAGUUUCCUUGAUCUUCUGAUUUUGUGUGAGGAUAAUGUUCUAUACACUGAUCUUUACAGGAAACCUACUGAUCGUAACAGUUUGUUGAGGGCUGAUAGUUGUCACCCGCUUCCCUUGAAAAACAGUUUGCCCUACAGCCAAUUCUGUCGAAUCAAAAUGAUUUGUAAAAAACAAUCAGAUAUCAACCGAAAUAUGGCUGCGACGCAAAGAAAAUUCAAGGAGAGGGGGUACAAAAAUGGUCAGAUUAAUACUGCCAUUGAGAAAAUUCAAAACAAAUCGAGACUUGACCUCUAUCAGGGACAGUCUCGCAAAAAGAAGCAUUCUUGCAUUCUAAACUACACGCUAUUCAAAGUGCUCUGAACAAAUUAAGGGAAUCGUUCACAAACAUUGGCACAUUGUAAGAUCCGAUGACAGUAUUGGUAAUGUGUUUUCAGACCCUCACUUGGUUGUAUUCUCGUGGGGCAGAAACCUCAGAGAUCAAUUGGUAAACUCGGAUUUACCACCCCUAAAUAUCCCUGCACAAUGUCUAUUUGCGCCUCUACCCAAUGGAAACUACAAGUGUAACGGCUGCGUUCAAUGCAAUGGCACUUACAAAUGUAGAUCCUUUAAACACCCCCAAACAGGGAAACAGAUCCCAAUCAAAGGUGUUAUUACGUGCUUCACUAAGGCAGUUAUUUAUCUUAUAACUUGUUCUUGUGGUAAACAUUAUGUGGGUAAAACAAAGCGCGAAUUAAAAGUACUAAUCUCGGAGCAUCGUAGCACCAUUAGGUGCAAAAACUCUACAUACCCAGUCGCUGCCCACAUUUUGGAAGCGAACCACUCGAUUUCAUCCCUACUUUAUAUCGGCAUCGAACAUGUCACCCUCCCUAGGAGAGGGGGUGACCUCGACAACUUAUUGUUAAAACGAGAGGCUGCCUGGAUCUUUAAUUUAAAGACCCUUGCUCCCUUCGGUCUCAACGUAGACUUUGAUUUGAAGCCAUUCUUGUGAUUUUGCUAUUCAUUGUAAAUGUUUGUGGGCCUAUGUAGCCAAGUUGUAUCUAUGAUCGUAUGCUAUCCAUGUUUUUUGUAUGUUCUGUUUAUCUGUGAAUUAACCAAUGCUAUUAGGCCACACCCAACCAUGAUUACAGACACCUGCAUGUGUCCUUUGACACUAUAUAAACUAGUGACCCGCAGUGUUUGUCAUUAUACCUUGAUGAAGAAAGCUUGUCUGUCGAAACGUUGGUUAUUAGGAUAUUAAAUUAUUGCAUCUGAGCUCCUAGAGUGUGCGGCUUUCCUUUUCUUUUUCAAGUGUAGUUGGGACAGUAACAUUAGAACAUUACAAAAAGUAUACUUUAAGGAAAAUGUGGGGGAGUGCCAAGAUGGAUGGCUUCAAAACACCACCCCUGGUUUUCCAUCUAGUGUAUAUACAAAUCAUUGGUCAAAACAUGAGAAUAGAACCCUUUCCUGCAGUCAAAUGACCAAAGCACCCUCUAGUGGCCUCAUGAGUGGAAUGUUAUAAAUAUUUUUCAUUAUUUCAUAAUUAAUAAACAUUUCAACUCUGUAUCUGGCAUGGUUACAGUUGUCUUCUUUUUUUAAGCCUGUAACCAUGUGUGUGAGGUGUAUACUUUUGUUUCAAAGUAAUUUUGUUUAAGACUACCAAGAAACACGCUGUGUGACCCUGAUUCAGCCCACUGCAGUAAUAUUAACAACCAACCUAUUUGGUUAGCAACUUCAGAACCUCAGAACUAACAACUCGUUUUUGCCCGGACCCUAUCGUCUGGUGGAAGGAUUAAAUAAAUAAAAAAUGUACUCACUAACGUUUUAAUUAAAACAUGUCGUUAAUCUUUUUUUUAUAUAUGUUGGCAACCGUUUUAUAUAAGCAAUAAGCUCCUCGAAUCUGGGAAUUAUAGUUUUAUAAAAUAAAUAAGGCCAUCGAACCAGGGAUUUACCCUUGGUUUCGCCUCGGAACUAAGAACAACCCUUACUCUGGAGUUAUCACAGGAUAAUCCCUGGGUUCUCAUGCCUUAUUACAGUACUUGAAUAUACCUUUAGCUAACAACCAACUUCACACUAAGGUGUUGAUUUAUCAUAUAGCACUUUGAAACCUAUCACCAGCUAAUGUUUGAAUUUUAUCACACAUACUAAUACAUACAAGCAUUUCGCUACACCCGCUAUAACAUCUGCUAAACACGUGUAUGUGACAAAUAAAAUUUGAUUUGAUUUGAUCUACUACCAAUCCCACAUUGGGAUGCAGAUUAGUUGUAGAGGCCGGGGUUUCAGAUGGGUUGUACUGUAUAUUGGUUGUAGAGAGGUCUCAGGGUGGCUGUAGAUGAUUGGUUGGUUUAACACAGACAGCUGUAGACAUAUACAGUGUAAUGUAUGACUGUGGUGUGACCUGGAUUACAUCAACAGGACAUUCCCAUUAGUCUACAGAGACAUACCUCUACCUCCACAUAUAAUCUACUAGCGCUGAGCGAUAUGGACAAAAUAUCAUGUCACAAUAUUUAAUCACAUUCUUGACUGUUUGAUGGUAUUUGACGGUAUUUAAUGUUUUUGAAUAAUACAAGUUCUAAAUUUGCAUUAUGAGUUGUGCAUGACCCUAGGGUGGCAACACACAAUUCUACAGUGCCUUCGGAAAGUAUUCAGACCCCUUGACUUUUUCCACAUUUUGUUUCGUUACAGCCUUAUUCUAAAAUGGAUUAAAUUAAUACAAAUCCUCAGCAAUCUACACACAAUACCCCAUAAUGACAAAGCGAAAACAGUUUUUUGGAAAUUGUAGCAAAUUUAUUACAAAUAAAAAACAUAAAUACCUUAAUUCCAUAAGUAUUCAGACCCUUUGCUAUGAGACUUGAAAUUGAGCUCAGGUGCAUUCUGUUUCCACUGAUCAUCCAUGAGAUAUUUCUACAACAUGAUUGGAGUCCACCUGUGGUAAAUUCAAUUGAUUUGGAAAGGUACACACCUGUCUAUACAUUGUCCCACAGUUGACAGUGCAUGUCAGAGCAAAAACCAAGCCAUGAGGUCGAAGGAAUUGUCCGUAGAGCACUGAGACAGGAUUGUGUUGAGGCACAGAUCUGGGGAAGGGUACCAAAACAUUUCUGCUGCAUUGAAGGUCCCCAAGAACACAGUGGUCUACAUCAUUCUUAAAUGGAAGAAGUUUGGAACCACCAAGACUCUUCCUAGUGCUGGCCGCCCGGCCAAACUGAGCAAUCAGGGGAGAAGGGCCUUGGUCAUGGAGGUUACCAAGAACCCGAUGGUCACUCUUACAGAGCUCCAGAGUUCCUCUGUGGAGAUGGGAGAACCUUCCAGAAGGACAACCAUCUCUGCAGCACUCCACCAAUCAGGCCUUUAUGUUAGAGUGGCCAGAUUGAAGCCACUCCUCAGUAAAAGGCUUGGAGUUUGCCAAAAGGCACCUACAGACUCUCAGAUCAUGAGAAACAAGAUUCUCUGGUCUGAUGAAACCAAGAUUGAACUCUUUGGCCUGAAUGCCAAGCUUCACGUCUGGAGGAAACGUGGCACCAUCCCUACGGUGAAGCAAAAAAACUGUUUUUGCUUUGUCAUUAUGGGGUAUUGUUUGUAGAUUGAGGAAAAAAACUAUGUAAUCAAUUUUAGAAUAAGGCUGUAACCUAACAAAAUGUGAAAAAGUCAAGGGGUCUGAAAACUUUCCGAUUUCAAUGGGGCUUUCUCCAUUCUGAUUGUUUUAUACAGUGCAAUCAAACUUUAGCCAAAAGUUCCAUACUGCCACGUAGGAAUGCUAUAUAUAGGCAAGAAAUCUAGACCUUAUUAUUUACCAAAUAUUGUAAUUACGAUUUAGAUCAAAACACUUGGGUAAACUGAUGGAAUCAUGGAAAUAGAAUGAUUAUUCUAAUUCUAUAGUUAGAAAGUAAUAGUGGGCACUUUGAAUACAGUGUUGAUUGACAUGACAACGAAUGAAAAUGGCAAGGAGGCGUUCAUAGAAUUAGGAAUAAAAAUACUAAUAGGAUCUCUUUGGAGGCGUUAUUGUGACAGGGUAGGAACCAAAGUGUUGGUCAGUGUUUCCCAGGCGAGUGGGACCCUAGAAUCUUUGGCUACAUUAAAUGUUUUCCCUUACUUCAUGUAAUAGCUAACAUAUUCAUGUUUCACCUAUUCCUCUCUGAUUUAGAAGAUAAUGUUGCACAAACAACAUGCUGAUUUAGGCAUACACCAGCACUGGUAUCAGGCUGGAUUAUCUAGCUAUGUUUGCUCUGACUCAGAAAGAUAGACAAACUAAUAGUGUAAUUAUAGAGCGCUUGUGGAUUUAUAUUAAGAAGCAAAGUGGAAGCAACAUUGUUGUCAUCAACAUAUUACUGCAUCUUGACCAUGACCAUGAAGAGUGAACAGUCGGCAAAUUAUCUUGUGGUUGAGCAACAACAACUGUGCUCCUUGAGCGACAGAGGGCAGGGCUUGGUGAGAGAAAUGGAGAGACAUAUCACAUUUAACAAACCAAACAUUUAAUACUGUUAUAAAGAUAAAGUAAAAACCCAAUACUGGUAUAUAGUAAAAUACGGUAUACUGGCCAGCUCCAGAGUCUACUGAGCUAUACCUCUACCACCACAUAGUGUCUAGUGAGCUAUACCUCUACCCCCACAUAGUGUCUAGUGAGCUAUACAUCUACCCCCACAUAGUGUCUAGUGAGCUAUACAUCUACCCCCACAUAGUGUCUAGUGAGCUAUACAUCUACCCCCACAUAGUGUCUAGUGAGCUAUACAUCUACCCCCACAUAGUGUCUAGUGAGCUAUACAUCUACCCCCACAUAGUGUCUAGUGAGCUAUACAUCUACCCCCACAUACCCCCACAUAGUGUCUAGUGAGCUAUACUCUACCCCCACAUAGGUGUCUAGUGAGCUAUACCUCUACCCCCACAUAGUGUCUAGUGAGCUAUACAUCUACCCCAACAUAGUGUCUAGUGAGCUAUACAUCUACCCCCACAUAGUGUCUAGUGAGCUAUACCUCUAACCCCACAUAGUGUCUAGUGAGCUAUACAUCUACCCCCACAUAGUAUCUAGUGAGCUAUACCUCUACCCCCACAUACUGAUAUUACACACAUGGCCACACUGAACAUUACUAAUGUCACCCCAGAGAACACUCACACAUGUUGGCUGUCACUAUUUCAGGACAAACCGUAUUUGACAAAAACAAAAUAUUCUUGCUCAGGAAUCCAACAAUCUGGAGCCCUGUCCUCCCAUCUAAUGUAUUUGUCAUCCUCCUGAUAGAUGAGACCAAUGGUUAUACGUAGUGGCUACGUUUUUCUAGUUCAUCUGUGUGAAUGUUUUUCUAGGACUGAAGUAAACAGAUAUUCCAUCCAGCCAUAAGUGAGGAGGGAGUGUGUCAAUACUGCCUCUGUCAAACCACAUUGGUCUGUGGGGAGAGAGAGAGAGAGAGAGAGAGAGAGAGAGAGAGAGAGAGAGAGAGAGAGAGAGAGAGAGAGAGAGAGAGAGAGAGAGACACAGAGAGACACAGAGAGACACACAGAGAGACACACAGAGAGACACACGGAGAGACACACAUAGAUAAACAGAGAAACAUAUACAGAGAGACAGAGAGACAGAAACAGAAACAGAGAGACAGAGAGACAGAGAGACAGAGAGAGAGAAAGAGGAGGAAAGAGUGUUGGGACUGAGGCACCCAGAAAUACAGAGUGUUACAGACACUCAUCUCAACAGUUCCUUAGAGACUUUACACUGUGGUAACUUCAUUACUGGCUCUCUCUCACACACUCUCUCCCUGUCCCCCUCUCUCUCACACACUCUCUCCCUGUCCCCCUCUCUCUCACUCACUCUCCCUGUCUCUCCCUCUCUCUCUCCCUCCCUCCUCCUGACUGCCGCUUUUUCACUUGUUUCACAAUACCUUUCCCUCAUGCCCCAUCUCUCCUUCAUUAAAAAUUUUUCCUCAUAAUUCCUCACCCUUCUCUCUUUCCCUCUCUCCCUCACACACACACACACACACACGUGCAGGGGGGUCAGCUGGUGGGGGCGAUGGGUGUGGUUGGGUUUUUUGGGUGAGGAGAGAGUGUGAGAAGGAAUGGUGUGUGUGUGUGCAUAUGUGGGUCGGUACGUGUGUGUUGCGUACAUGUGUGUGUGUGUUAGAGAUGUUGUGUGAGAGAGGCUUAGGUGUGAGAGAAACAAUUUGGGCGCCAAAUAAAGAUGACAGUAUCAUCUCAAAAGUGGUAAACAGAUUUGGGUAACUUUCUAAAUGUAAUCCAUUACAGUUACUAGUUACCUGUCGAAAAUUGGAAUAAGUAACGUACAUUUUGGUUUCCCAAACUCAGUAACGUUAUCCUAUUACUUUCAGUAAACUGUUGGAUUACUUUCCCCUUAAAAGGCAUUAGAAGAAGACAAAAAGGUUCCAUCAAAUGCAUUUGGUGUGUCAUCAUAGUGGUCUCUCGCUGAGGUGGAACAAACGUAAACUUUUUUCAACGCUGAAUUCAAUGUAAUUGAGAAAGCAGAAAGGUGUUGUAAUUUUCCACAAACAUCCUUUAUGAAUUAAAAAGUAAUCCAAUAAGUAAUCAUCUAGUUUUUCUAAAGUAUUUGUAAUCGGAUAAAAAUAUUUUUGCUGGUAAUGUAACUGAUUACAGUUUAUAUACGUGGUCCUCUGUAGCUGAUUACGUGGUCCUCUGUAGCUCAGCUGGUAGAGCACGGCGCUUGUAACGCCAAGGUAGUGGGUUCGAUCCCCGGGACCACCCAUACACAAAAAAAAUUAUGCACGCAUGACUGUAAGUCGCUUUGGAUAAAAGCGUCUGCUAAAUGGCAUAUUAUAUUAUUAUAUAUAUUUUUAAAUCAGAUUACAUGUAAUCAGUAACUCCCAACCAUGGCAGUCAAAAGAACACCCCUCAGACUAAAAUUUUUCAAAUAUUGCAUUGUUGUUGUAGUGGUUUGAAGUUCUUCACGAGAGCCUACAGGAAAACAGACAUCCAGACAGUCAUUAUUGUGCUAUUUUUACUCCAGUGACAUAUUCAUAUUCCCAACAGUUUUCCAUUGUGAGUUAUAUAGUCUAGCUCUGUUUGGCUAACCUGUUCAAGCACCCAGGCAUUACACAGCAAAAACACUGGGCUGGCUAUUUAUACAACAAUUUAAAUGACCUCAUGGUUGUUGUGGUUUGCAGUAAUUCACCAGUGUCUACACUGAGACUGGCUGGUCAUAAUAUUGUAUGGAGAAUAGUCUCCGUUUUCCACUGUGGGUUUGUUCUGUGGUCUAGAUCUGCUUGACUGGCCCAGUCAAGGUCAGUUCCCCUAGCCAGACCAUUUGGUCGUUGGCUCUUCGGCAUUGGCACUGUCGAGUGCCCACACAGUCUAAGCACGGAUGGCAGUGCUGAUUCAUAGAAAACAUUUUGUUGAACGCAAGUUAAUGUGGGGAAGAGGGUGUGAGGGAGAAUGUGUGAAUGGGUAAGAGAGAACACACUCGAAAGAGAGAUAUUAAAUCUGAGCCAAAGCACCCUCUCUCUCUCUCUCUCUCUCUCUCUCUCUCUCUCUCUCUCUCUCUCUCUCUCUCUCUCUCUCUCUCUCUCUCUCUCUCUCUCUCUCUCUCUCUCUCUCUUUCUCUCGUAGCUCCCUAGGCUUUUGGAGUUGAGAUCUAGACCCACUGAGCACAGACAUCAAUUCAACAUUCAUUCCAUGUUGGUUCAAUGUAAUUUAAUUGAAGUGACGUGGAAACAACGUUGAUUCAACCAGUUUGUGCCCAGUGGGGACCCUGCUGCCUGUCUCCAUGUGGGAAUGGGAUGUUUCCCCUCUGACAUGGUGAAUAUACUGAGGAGACACAUCACAAUGUCUGCUAUAAGAUGCCAUUAGAUGCUGUGUAUGCCAGGACUUCACUGUCUCCCUUAUUCACUCUCUCUUUAUUUCUCUCUAGUCUAAUGUAUUUAUUUCCCUGGGUAUAUCAGAGACCAUAGGAAUUAGUAUGGUCUCUUAUUGUAAAUGUUCAAUGCUCUCUCUCCCUCCGUUCUCCUUUCCAGAGAUGUUGGAGUCUAAUAACUUGAUGACGUUUGAGGGCCUGGCCAAUAGCGCCGCUUACCACACGUUCCUAUUGGACGAGGAGAAGGGUCGUUUGGUGGUGGGAGCCAAGGACCACAUAUUUUCCUUCAACCUGGUCAACAUCAGCAGAGACCUGGCACAGGUACUGUACAUUUUAUAAUACAUGAAUACCUAUCUAUGAGACAUUAUAACCAAGUCAACAUCAGCGGACUCCUUGCAACAGUAACAAUUACAUUUGGUAAAUAUCAACACACUUUUACAUACAACACAGUACGAACAAAUAUGAAAAUGUAUGCACUCACUACUGUAAGUCGCUCUGGAUAAGAGCGUCUGCUAAAUGACUAAAAUGGAAAAUGGAAACACACUUACAGUGGGGAGAACAAGUAUUUGAUACACUGCCGAUUUUGCAGGUUUUCCUACUUACAAAGCAUGUAGAGGUCUGUAAUUUUUAUCAUAAGUACACUUCAACUGUGAGAUACGGAAUCUAAAACAAAAAUCUAGAAAAUCACAUUGUAUGAUUUUUAAGUAAUUAAUUUGCAUUUUAUUGCAUGACAUAAGUAUUUGAUCACCUACCAACCAGUAAGAAUUCCGGCUCUCACAGACCUGUUCAUUUUUCUUUAAGAAGCCCUCCUGUUCUCCACUCAUUACCUGUAUUAACUGCACCUGUUUGAACUCGUUACCUGUAUAAAAGACACCUGUCCACACACUCAAUCAAACAGACUCCAACCUCUCCACAAUGGCCAAGACCAGAGAGCUGUGUAAGGACAUCAGGGAUAAAAUUGUAGACCUGCACAAGGCUGGGAUGGGCUACAGGACAAUAGGCAGGCAGCUUGGUGAGAAGGUAACAACUGUUGGCGCAAUUAUUAGAAAAUGGAAGAAGUUCAAGAUGACGGUCAAUCACCCUCGGUCUGGGGCUCCAUGCAAGAUCUCACCUUGUGGGGCAUCAAUGAUCAUGAGGAAGGUGAGGGAUCAGCCCAGAACUACACGUCAGGACCUGGUCAAUGACCUGAAGAGAGCUGGGACCACAGUCUCAAAGAAAACCAUUAGUAACAAACCACGCCGUCAUGGAUUAAAAUCCUGCAGCGCACGCAAGGUCCCUCUGCUCAAGCCAGCGCAUGUCCAGGCCCGUCUGAAGUUUGCCAAUGACCAUCUGGAUGAUCCAGAGGAGGAAUGGGAGAAGGUCAUGUGGUCUGAUGAGACAAAAAUAGAGCUUUUUGGUCUAAACUCCACUCGCCGUGUUUGGAGGAAGAAGAAGGAUGAGUACAACCCCAAGAACACCAUCCCAACCGUGAAGCAUGGAGGUGGAAACAUCAUUCUUUGGGGAUGCUUUUCUGCAAAGGGGACAGGACGACUGCACCGUAUUGAGGGGAGGAUGGAUGGGGCCAUGUAUCGCGAGAUCUUGGCCAACAACCUCCUUCCCUCAGUAAGAGCAUUGAAGAUGGGUCGUGGCUGGGUCUUCCAGCAUGACAACGACCUGAAACACACAGCCAGGGCAACUAAGGAGUGGCUCCAUAAGAAGCAUCUCAAGGUCCUGGAGUGGCCUAGCCAGUCUCCAGACCUGAACCCAAUAGAAAAUCUUUGGAGGGAGCUGAAAGUCCGUAUUGCCCAGCGACAGCCCCGAAACCUGAAGGAUCUGGAGAAGGUCUGUAUGGAGGAGUGAGCCAAAAUCCCUGCUGCAGUGUGUGCAAACCUGGUCAAGACCUACAGGAAACAUAUGAUCUCUGUAAUUGCAAACAAAGGUUUCUGUACCAAAUAUUAAGUUCUGCUUUUCUUAUGUAUCAAAUACUUAUGUCAUGCAAUAAAAUGCAAAUGAAUUACUUAAAAAUCAUACAAUGUGAUUUUCUGGAUUUUUGUUUUAGAUUCCAUCUCUUACAGUUGAAGUGUACCAAUGAUAAAAAAUUACAGACCUCUACAUGCUUUGUAAGUAGGAAAACCUGCAAAAUCGGCAGUGUAUCAAAUACUUGUUCUCCCCACUGUAUACAUACAAGUCUACUUGCAGUCUGUCUGUCUGUCUGUCUGCAUAUCUUUCCCCAACCCCUGUCAGUCUAAGCCAGUCCCAGCCAGGUAUCCAGGGACUCUGUUUCUACUGAGAAAUUACUGAUGAAUAAUUCAGACCUUAGCCGUCGCACAGGAUCUCACGCUGCGCCAGGCAUGUUAGUCGCUCCCUGCACACCUGGAUGAAUAAUAGAGUAAACGGAAACAAAGUGGAGAACAAAUCUCAUUGUGACUCCUCCACCCCCACCACACACAUAUACAGUUGAAAUCGGAAGUUUACAUACACCUUAGCCAAAUACAUUUAAACUCAGUUUUUCACAAUUCCUGACAUUUAAACGUAGUAAAAAUUCCCUGUCUUAGGUCAGUUAGGAUCACCACUUUAUUUUAAGAAUGUGAAAUGUCAGAAUAAUAGUAGAGAGAAUGAUUUAUUUCAGCUUUUAUUUCUUUCAUCACAUUCCCAGUGGGUCAGAAGUUUACAUACACUCAAUUAACAUUUGGUAGCAUUGCCUUUAAAUUGUUUAACUUGGGUCAAAUGUUUCGGGUAGCCUUCCACAAGCUUCCCACAAAAAGUUGGGUGAAUUUUGUCCCAUUCUUCCUGACAGAGCUGGUGUAACUGAAUCAGGUUUGUAGGCCUCCUUGCUCACACACACUUUUUCAGUUCUGCCCACAAAUGUUCUAUAGGAUUGAGGUCAGGGCUUUGUGAUGGCCACUCCAAUACCUUGACUUUGUUGUCCUUAAGCCAUUUUGCAACAACUUUGGAAGUAUUCUUGGGGUCAUUGUCCAUUUGGAAGACCCAUUUGCGACCAAGCUUUCACUUCCUGAGUGAUGUCUUGAGAUGUUGCUUCAAUAUAUCCACAUAACUUUCCUUCCUCAUGAUGCCAUCUAUUUUGUGAAGUGCACCAGUCCCUCCUGCAGCAAAGCACCCCCACAGCAUGAUGCUGCCACCCCCGUGCUUCACGGUUGGGAUGGUGUUCUUCGACUUGCAACCCCUCCCCUUUUUCCUCCAAACAUAACGAUGGUCAUUAUGGCCAAACAGUUCUAUUUUUGUUUCAUCAGACCAGAGGACAUUUCUCCAAAAAGUAUGAUCUUUGUCCCCAUGUGCAGUUGCAAACCGUAGUCUGGCUUUUUUAUGGCGGUUUUGUAGCAGUGGCAUGUUCCUUGCUGAACGGCCUUUCAGGUUAUGUCGAUAUAGGACUUGUUUUACUGUGGAUAUGGACACUUUUGUACCUGUUUCCUCCAGCAUCUUCACAAGGUCCUUUGCUGUAGUUCUGGGAUUGAUUUGCACUUUUUGGACCAAAGUACGUUCAUCUCUAGGAGACAGAACGCGUCUCCUUCCUGAGUGGUAUGUCGGCUGCGUGGUCCCAUGGUGUUUAUACUUGCGUACUAUUGUUUGUACAGAUGAACGUAGUACCUUCAGGCAUUUGGAAAUUGCUCCCAAGGAUGAACCAGACUUGUGGAGGUCUACAAAUUUUUUUCUGAGGUCUUGGAUGAUUUAUUUUGAUUUUCCCAUGAUGUCAAGCAAAGAGGCACUGAGUUUGAAGGUAGGCCUUGAAACACAUCCACAGGUACAACUCCAAUUGACUCAAAUUAUGUCAAUUAGCCUAUCAGAAGUUUCUAAAGCCAUGACAUCAUUUUUUUGAAUUUUCCAAGCUGUUUAAAGGCAUAGUCAACUUACUGUAUGUAAACUUCUGACCCACUGGAAUUGUGAUACAGUGAAUUAUAAGUGAAAUAAUCUGUCUGUAAACAAUUGUUGGAAAAAUUACUUGUGUCAUGCACAAAGUAGAUGUCCUAACCGACUUGCCAAAACUAUAGUUUGUUAACAAGAAAUGUGUGGAGUGGUUAAAAAACGAGUUUUAAUGACUCCAACCUAAGUGUAUGUAAACUUCCGACUUCAACUGUACAUACGUGCACAUAUAUAGGUCAGGCACACACACAUAUCAACGUAAUCUCAUAAAAUAUGCCCCAACUCCCACAAAAGUACAUUUUUAGCAACGUUGCUGGCAGAAGCACAACAGCUAAUUUAAGGACUGUUAGCUGACCAGCUGCUUGGUCAAGAUGUUAGGGUUAGAGACUGGUUAAAGUUAGGAUUACUAGUGGCUGAUUUAUUGUAUCAAUGUGUAUUGUGUAGUGAAGUAUCCUUAUCUCUCUGUGUCUGUGUAGAUCCCGUGGCCUGCCUCCACCUCCAGAAGAGAUGAGUGUAAAUGGGCAGGGAAGGACCUCAUGGUGAGUAGCUACCUCAUCUUACACUUCACUCUCUCGCUCAUAUAGUACUGCCUUUUACACUAUCCCUCCCUUCCGGAGUACUGCCUUUUACACUAUCUCUCCCUCCCGGAGUACUGCCUUUUACACUAUCCCUCCCUCCCGGAGUACUGCCUUUUACACUAUCCCUCCCUCCCGGAGUACUGCCUUUUACAGUACAGUGUUGGUCUAAUCUGUGUGUUGUCACAUGGACAGGAAGCUCUGAAUCUGAUCAUAAUCUGCUGGCCAAGAUAGAGACAUCACAUGAACUUAAUCAUCUAGAAGUUCACCUAACCACUGGGAUACAGGGUUAACAGUGAACAGCCAAUGGGCUUACAGUCACUACUUUCAACACAGGAGCAGUAUCCUAACAACAGCUAUGGCUUUGUAGAGACAUGGGGGUAUUUGUUAGUUGUAAAUGCAGCACGAUUUCAGUCCACACAGUCAUAUGGCAUAUCACAAGAUCAUUUAGGUGUGUGUUUUCCUUAGUCUAAGAAGAGUCAUGACGAUACCAGCAGCACUUCCAUACUGUGUGUCCUGCUUGCAUGACUAGCUCAGUCAUGUACUGUAUUUUUGUCCUGUAUUUCUGUCUCAAUACAAGCAGUACACUGUGUAAACACCCAAAGAGACACAGUUCCAUCUUUCUCCUUCUGACUUUCCUCUCAGAUACAGCCUGGGGCCAUGUGCUGCCUGCAAUAUAAAAUCCUAGCUCCGCUGUAACGGCCUCUCUAAGAUCACAGGCACAGGGUCAGCUUCUGCUGAGUUUCUAUAGGGCUGAUUUGAAGGGCCAUCAGGUCUUUUGUGUGUGUGUGUGUUUUCUGUAAACAUUCUGGCAGAGAUGAGCGGGGAGCCCUGAAGGAUGGUCUUUGUGUUUGAAGGGCAGAGGAGAGGAAGAAAGACUACAGAUGCUCUUUGAUGAACUGGAACAAAGACACUUGUGAACAUGCCGCGGGGAAGACAGUGAAAGAGAGAUGGAGAGAGAGAAAAGAAUAGAAGAAGAAAUUGCUAAUUUACUGUACAUCUAUGAAGAAGGGAGGGUGAUACACAGGGCCAGGAAAAAUAAUGUUGUUAGCUUCGCUAACUGUUAAGUAUCUUCCAUCAUAUAAACUCUGUUGGUUCAGUGCAUGGUUUGGACAAUGGGUUCACAAUGUUAAACUUGAUAUCACAAGAAACUUUAACACCAUCCAAAUCACAACAGCGUGAGAAACCUUAACGUUAUCUGAUCACCAACCAGCUGAACCACCCUGAAAUGACAGACAGCUCUUCAGAUGACAACCAAGGCAUACACAAUCAACAGAGCUGCUUUCUGUUGGUGACCUACUAAAGACAGAUAAACUUAGUCAUGCAUUAUUUGUGGUUCUGUUUUCUCCUUUUCCAUCAGUGUGAUGACAUUCAUUUUCAUAUGAGGUCAGGCCUGCUGCCUGCUCAGGCAAGUGCUGACAGAUCACAGGGGAAACUGGCUUCUCAGCAUGUAGACGCACACACGCAAGCACACACACACACACACACACACACACACACACACACACACACACACACACACACACACACACACACACACACACACACACACACACACACACACACACACACACACACACACACACACACACACACACACACACACACACACACACACACACACACACACACACACAACACAGUAAGCUGGUUGGUUGCAGGGUAGUUGUUGCAUUGAACGUCUUACUGUUGAUGUCCAUCAUAAAAAUCCUGGCUGUUUUAAUACUCAGAUGUACCUGAGCCUUUCUGAUCAGGAGUCCGGAUAGGAGAGGUCAUGAGUACAUGUGGGGAGAGGGAAAGGGAGAGAGAAGAGAGAGAUGGAGAGAAUAAAAGAGAAAACUGAGAAUGACAGAUUACUGGUCUCAAUCUGAAUAGCGAGUUGUUGAGUUAUUACACAGCACAACAGUCUGGAUUAUCUCUAAAACACUACAUCCAUGACUCACUGAGCUGGCCUGGCCAGGAUGUCAUUUGUACAGUAAAACCAAUCAGGGCUCUUCCUUUUCCCAACAUUGUUCUUCAUGUGUAGAUCAGGUAAUUCCUAAAUAUUCCUGGAAAAUUACUUAUAUAUUAUACAGGACAGGCAAUUAAUUCUGAUUACAGUUGCCCUUUAUUCCCUCAAUUUAAAGUUUUUUGUUGUUCUGCAUAGCUCUACAUGAUGUUGUGUUAUGUCCAGAGAUGGUUAACUAUUUUCUCUGUCCAGCGGAUCAGCUCUAUAGGAGGGCCUGCUUCUGAUGAACAAACUGGGUUUUGACCCAAAUGGACAAGAUUGGGUUUUGACCCAAAUGGGCAGGACUGGGUUUUGACCCAAAUGGGCAGGACUGGGUUUUGACCCAAAUGGACAGGACUGGGUUUUGACCCAAAUGGAAAGGACUGGGUUUUGACCCAACAGCUUUAGACAGCUUUAUCCUUUAUGUUAGUUGUUUUCAGAAACUGUUGAUCUCCUGGCAAACCCAUGCUAUAUAAAAUGUCUCUCUUUCUCUAUCUCCAGAGGGAAUGCUCUAACUUCAUCAAGGUGUUGCAGCCGUUUAACCAGACCCAUCUGUAUGUAUGUGGAACCGGAGCCUUCCACCCUAUCUGUGCCUACCUGGAGGUGGGGAAGAAACUAGAGGUAUACCAACCAGUAUUACACUAUUCACACGUUUAUUUAUCUUUCUGCCCAGACAUCUGUCUGCUUACUGUAGUUAUAGCUCUAGUAUUCUACUACUUACAGACCAAUAUGAGCUGUGGUGGUGGGCAUGUCAUGGUUCUGACUGAUUCAAGUCUUCUAAUGAGCUACAGCUAGAUAGCAGCGUUAAGAAAAACUCUUUACUGAAAUGUGAGAUUAUGGUUUUGAGUUUCGAUCUAAAAUCAUAAACCGUGGAGUGUGAGGUAAUAUCUGACUUGUAACGAUUCACUGAUGGCCUUGUGUGUGUGUGUGUGUGUGUGUGUGUGUGUGUGUGUGUGUGUGUGUGUGUGUGUGUGUGUGUGUGUGUGUGUGUGUGUGUGUGUGUGUGUGUGUGUGUGUGUGUGUGUGUGUGUGUGUGUGUGUGUGUGUGUGUGUGUGUGUGUGUGUGUGAAUGUGUGCGCGUGUGCGUGUGUGUGUGUGCGCGUGUAUGUUCUAUGUCUCUAUGAGUCAGGCUUAUAAAUGUGUUUCCUAUUCAUUAGACUGCAGUCAUUUCCAGAGAAUUAGAGAGGGAGAAUAGCUCUGAGAAUAGCAGUCUCCCCUCUUAACUGCCCUGGCUGAGGCUCCUGGUUAAAGUGACUCUAGGAGAAAGUAAAACAUCUAAUUCUGAAAAAAUUUAGAUUAUGUUUUUUCCAGGACGCCAACAUCAUUUGUUGAUGUCAAUAGGACAAUGCAAUAAACUCUGAAUUCUAAAUGCUCUUUAUUUUAACCUAUUUCUUAUGUAACAGGACAGUGUGUUCAGGCUGGAGCCCCUGAUAGAGAAUGGUCGAGGGAAGAGCCCUUAUGACCCCAAGCUGCUCACAGCGUCCAAGCUCAUCGGUGAGUGAACUUUUAUUUAAAGCACUAAUUUCCACCAGAACUUUUCACCACAUAAAGAGGGAGUUGUACCUCUUCUCUCAUGUCCACUCAUUCAUUAAGCAUAUUUACAGCUGAGAGGAAGUGGGUGAAUGACAGGGCUGGGUAUAUAUAGUGUUCAUCAUUAGGAGUGAUCUACAGCGGACACCCACUCAUUUCCAAGCCUAUGAGUGGUGGAUGUGUGUGUGUGUGUGUGUGUGUGUCAGCUUCAUUUCUUCACCAUGGUUCAUCACCAGGACCAGUCAUACUAUAUGACAUCACAUCACUCCAACCAACAGAUGGUCAUUUUCCAUCACCCUUUAUCUCCUCCUCUCUCUCUCUCUCUCUAUAUGAAGUAAUUACUCAAUAUAGAUCAUCUUAAUACUCUCUCAGUAUCUCUCUACUAUCGAGGAAUCAAUCCUAGAAGAGCAUUCUCUCUAGAAGUAACCAGAGAGAGCUAUGAGAAGCGAGGGACGUUCUACUCUCUCAUCAUUUUCUUUCUAUCCGGUCUUCUAUCGUUAUCUACUAUGUCUACUCUCUCAUCGUAUCUUCUCUCUAGUAUCUCUCUCUAUAUUCUCUUCUCUCUCGCGAGCCUAGACGCGCAGAAGAAGAGCUCGCGCGACGCCGUCAGAUGAGAGCGAGAAGAGAGAGAGAAGGCGCGGAUUAGCGCGAGAGGAGACUGAUAGAGCGCAAGCGAUAGGGAGAUAAGAGAAUUCUAGAGCGAGUAUCCUCGAGCUAGAGAGAAGUUCUCUAUUCGAGCCUCUUUAUCUCAUCUCUUCUCUCUCUCUCUCUAUCUCUCUAUCUCUCUCUCUCCUCUCCUCUCUCUCUCCAUCUCUCUCUCUCUCUCUCUCUCUCUCUCUAAUCCACCUCCCUCCUUUUAUGCUCUCUUAAUGCAACCACCUGGCCCUCUGAGUCUCUUCCAGUUAAAUCUGACUUUCACACCUACUUGUUCGGGUUCAUUAUCUGGUAGAUUAAGGUGUUCCUUGUGAGAACACAUUCUACCUGUACUGUUAAGCCUGCAGGCACCAUACUGUACCUGCUAGACUAAUACAGACACUUGACACCUGUACACGAAAGGUCAUGAGACACACACAGGACAUACAAACACUGACAUGCGCACACACAAAAACACGUAUUGCAGCGUACACACACACGUGCACACAUACAUCUGAUAGUGUCCUCCUCCCCUGUCCUCCAGAUGGUGAGCUGUAUUCUGGGACGUCAGCAGACUUCAUGGGGCGGGAUUUUGCCAUCUUCCGUACGUUGGGACAGCAUCACCCCAUCAGAACUGAGCAACACGACUCCCGCUGGCUGAACGGUGAGAUGGAGAUAAAGUGCAUUCUCAGUUCUGAUGUUCUCAGUUCAGUGAACUAUGCUUGCAUGAUGAGAAACCUUGCUUGAAUCCUGAAGACUUGUGUUAUCUCCCCAAGUUGAUACCCAGGCUUUCGGUAACAGUCUGUUGGCAUGCAGACGAGUCUGAUUUAAACCAUUCCGUCUCAAAUUGAGAUAGAAAGUGUUUCAAAGACAGAAACUAAAAAGACAGACAGACAGAAACUGAGACAGCAAGUUGUUCACAGAGUAAGAGAACAAAUGAGACAUACAGAGAAGACGGAGGAGCGUGAGAGGGAGGACAAAAGAAGGAGGGAGAGGGAAUAACAAAAAGAGGCAGCAUUAAUCCUCUGUGAUUGACAUGGCUGUAGUGGGGGAGUGGUAGCAGACACAGUGGCUUGAAUGCAACGAACAGGCAGAACUUAACGCGCUCCUGCAGGUUAUGGCUGGAUUUCUUAAAACGCUACUAACGGGAGAUUACAUGCACCUGUGGUCUAAAUUAAGCUUCAUUGCAACGAAAAACCCACAAGGAUAAACCAGCAGAUUAGUUGAUCUCUCGUCGUUACCAUGUCAAGUGAUUAUGCCAAUGACUGUAUGCAGACAGCUGGUCUAGAUUCUUUACCCCCAAUGAAAUAUCGACCUAUCAGGGGCAUUGGAAUCCGUAAGGCUGAUGAAUGUCAAAUACUUAUUAGAGCAUAAGAAUGUAGAAGUAGUAAGCCUAUAUUUCAAUCAAACAUUUAAUCUUAGGUGGCAACAUAAUAUAAUAUAUGCCAUUUGAAAUAACUUUCUAGACUACAUUUUCAUUUCAUAAACAAAUAUAGAUUAUAACUCAAUCACGAUUUACUUGAUUUACUUACACAUAUAAAAUAUGGACUGUCCAGGGAUAUUUUACUGCCGAUCUUGAUAAGAAAUGAUCAUCUCAGACACUUUUCUUUUAAAGUUGAUAACAUACAGUGCCUCCAGAAAGUAUUCAUACACCUUGACUUUUUCAAAAUGUUGUUGUAUUACAGCCGGAAUUUAAAAUUGAUUAAAUUGAGAUUUUGUGUCACUGGCCUACACACAAUACACCAUCAUGUCAAAGUGGAAUUAUGUUUUUAGACAUUUCUACAAAUUCAUUUAAAAUGAAAAUCUGAAAUGUAUUGAGUCAAUAAGUAUUCAACCCCUUUGUUAUGGCAAGCCUAAAUAAGUUCAGGAGUAAAGAUUUGCUUAACAAGUCACAUAAUAAGUUGCAUGGACUCACUCUGUGUGCAAUAAUAGUGUUAAACAUGAUUUUUGAAUGACUAUCUCAUCUCUGUACCCCACACAUACAAUUAUCUGUAAGGUCCCUCAGUCGAGCAGUGAAUUUCAAACACAGAUUCAACCUCAAAGACCAGAAAGGUUUUCCAAUGCCUCUCAAAGAAGGGCACCUAUUGGUAGAUUGGUUAAAAAAAAGAAAGGUAAAAAAUGAAUAUCCCUUUGAGCAUGGUGAAGCUAUUAAUUACACUUUGGAUGGUGUAUCAAUACACCCAGUCACUACAACGACACAGGCAUCCUUCCUAACUCAGUUGCCAGCAAGGAAGGAAACCGCUCAAUGAUUUCACCAUGAGGCCAAUGAUGACUGGAAACAGUAACAGAGUUUAAUGGCUGUGAUAGGCGAAAACUGAGGAUGGAUCAACAACAUUGUAGUUACUCCACAAUACUAACCUAAAUGACAGAGUGAAAAGAAGGAAGCCUGUACAGAAUAAAAAUAUUCCAAAACAUGCAUCCUGUUUGUAAUAAGGCACUAAAGUAAAAAUGCAAAAUCCAUGGCAAAUAAAUUAACUUUACGUCCUGAAAACAAAGCACUAUGUUUGGGGCAAGUCCAACACAACAUAUUACUGAGUACCACUCUUCAUAUUUUCAAGCAUGGUGGUGGCUGCAUCAUGUUAUGGGUAUGCUUGUCAUCAGCAAGGAUUAAGGAGUGUUUUAGGAUAAAAGGAAUAGUGCUAAGCACAGGCAAAAUCCUAGAGGAAAACCUGGUUCAGUCUGCUUUCCAACAGACACUUGGAGACAAAUUCACCUUUGGAAUUGGAAACGAAGAAAAUAAUUAGAAUAGGCUACACUAUCAACAGUAGUUUUCCAUUCAUACAACAUGUCGGGUAAAUUGCCACAAUAGAUCUUCCGAGGUAAAUGAGGAAAUACUUUAUUUCAGUUGUACAGAAUGAUCGCCCUUAGUCUGUUCAUAAAGUAGGACUAAGUUGUUCCGAUGAUAAUACCAACCGGAGGGCGGAAUGGUCUUGAAAAAUGUUGGCUGCAAUCAGACUAAAAGAUAACCUUAGGGAAUGGUAAAUUGCUGCCAAAUUUUGGUUGCAAUUGAGAUCAGCUGUGCGGGUGAUUUUAGCAUGUACUGUAUUGAUGGAUUAAUAACAAGAGAUCAGCUGAUUAUAAUCUGGUGGUUUUCGAUGGUUGCAAUUGGCCCACUAUGUUGAUUCCCAUUUCAUAAUUUCUUAAAUAAUAUAUAUUUUUGUGUAGACCCCAGGUUUAUGAGUGUCCAUCUGAUCCCAGAGAGUGACAACCCUGAGGACGACAAGAUCUACCUGUUCUUCAGAGAGAAUGCUAUGGAUGGGGAACAAGCAGGGAAGGCUACACAUGCACGCAUCGGACAGCUCUGCAAGGUACACACACAUUCAGAACACAAACACAAACAUUCAGAACAAACACACACUCAGACACCUCAGACUAAAACAGCUCCCUGGAUCUCUAACAGAGUUGAUGAGUGAUGGUGUUUUCCAUAAUGGUUGCUUUCAUAACCAGUUAUCUCUCUCCUCUCAGGUUAUAUUUAGGUUUGUUGUGUUUGGUGUGUCUCUCUUACUGAGGGAAACCUGAGAGAGAGAAGUGGUUUAAAAAUGACACUGGAGCCAGAGCGAAAGAGAGAGAGAGUAAAUCACAGUGGUGGUACUGUUACACUCUUAGAAAAAAAGGUUCCAAAAGGGUUCUUCGGCUGUUCCCGUAGGAGAACCCUUUUUGUUUCAAGGUACAACCCUUUUUGGUUUCAGGUACAACCCUUUUGGUUCCAGGUAGAACCCUUUUGGUUCCAGGUAGAACCCUUUUGGGUUCCUUGUAGAACCCUUUCUACAGAGGGUUCUACAUGGAACCCAAAAGGGUUCUACCUGGAACCAAAAGGGUUCUACCUGAAACCAAAAAUGGUUAUUCAAAGGUUUCGCCUAUGGGGACAGUCGAAUAACCCUUUAAGGUUCUAGAUAGCACCUUUUUUUCUAAGAGUGUAGGAUGAUGGCUGGUAUUGGCAGAGACUGGUGUCUCCUCUGUCACCCUUUAGCCUGCCCAACACACACACACACACACACACACACACACACACACACACACACACACACACACACACACACAAUUAUGCACAUAGACACACACACGCACACACACACCCUCCCAGCCUGAUCUCUCUAUGUGAGGUAUCUGCUCUGCUCUUCUCUACUCAACACAAUCCAUUCAUUAUACAGAAUGCCAUAUAAAUUUAGGCUCAGCAUAUUUGGGGCGUCAGUCUAAUAGACCGUCAUAAAUCACUGUGGAUCUGGAUGUGUUUAUUCUCUCUAUCUCACACUGGGAGCCUGUAUUCUGUCGAUGUGUGCAGAAAAACAAACACGCACAUGCAGACUCAAGUCACUUGUGUUUGAUAAAGUAUUAUGAGAAUCUGUAAGACAGCUGCAUUAAGCCAUUGUUGUCUUUUCAGGUGUCAAUCAUAGUUAAUAUAAUAAAAUGAAGUUACUGUAUUGUAGUAUUAUUUUGUAGGGGAAUACAGUAAAUGUUUGAGAGGUUCAUUCUGUGUUUCCUAUAUCAGAAUGACUUUGGAGGCCACAGGAGUUUGGUGAAUAAGUGGACUACCUUCUUGAAGGCCAGACUGGUGUGUUCUGUACCUGGACUCAAUGGCAUAGACACACACUUUGACGAACUACGUGAGUGUUUACAUCAGCGUUUGUGUUGCAUGUUAUGUGUGUCUGUGUGGCUGGAAAAGGGGGCUGUAGUGUGUGUGGGUGUGUUUUGGGCAAACAAAUAUCACAUGUAUUGGAUGUAGUCUAUCACAGUGCCAUCCGUUUUGUCACCAAGCCCCAUAUACUACCUACCAUUGUGACCUGUACGCUCUCGUUGGCUGGCCCUCACUACAUAUUCGUCUCCAAACCCACCCGUAGUAUGCGCUCCAGCAGGUAUAUCCAAUUCUUGGGCCGACUCUUUUCUCUGUGUAUAUCAAUGAUGUCGCUCUUACUGCUGGUGACUCUCAGAUCCACCUCUACACAGACGACACCAUUUUGUAAACAUCUGGCCCUUCAUUGGACACUGUGUUAA